UAUUUCCUCGCCGUCUCUCGCUCUCGCUUCCUCCCCGCUCUCUCCUUUACCUCCAGAUAAACCUUCUCUCUGCGCUCAUCCUCAACGGCUCCCCCUCCCUCUUCUCCCCCCUCCUUUCUCUUUCUCCUGAUUCUCCUUCCGACAAGCUUUCUUCCUGUCCCUUGACUAUACUGUUCUGGGCCGGCGUGUCAGUGCUCUCGUCCGACUCGAUCAAUUUCGCCUCCCCGAACCACCGUGUCGCAUCCACUUAGCCCGCCCGAGCGUUCGCGAAGUCACGAUAGCGCGGGGGAAAAGUACGGGGGCAAUUCUUCCGUCCGGCGCCCAGCAUACUGAGCAUCCUUGUCGGCCCCGUACUGCAAUGCUCUAGAGCAGCGUAUCACCCCUUUCUCAGAAAUUAUUUUCUUUAAUAACGGUCAAGAUGUCUGCCGACGACCCCUUUUCCUUUAUUGAUAAUAAUAAUACCGAGCGGAAGCCGCCGAAAAAGGCCCAUUGGAGGGAGAAGUUGUUUUCCAAGGACCGACGCAACAAAGGCCCCGAUGAUCAGCAGAUUGAAGCGUUUCUGGCCCCUGCCCGCUCCAAGUCCGUAUCUUAUGGAGCGCCGCCCGCAGCUGCAGGCUCCCGAGGGCUGCCAACGCCCCGUCUAGACGUGUCCCAACGAUUCCCCUCGUCCCAGGAACUCUCGAAUACCUCCCCCACCACGCAUCCUGCGUCCGCCACCGAUGUCUACUCCUCUGUAAACUUCCCUAAACCCCCGAAGAAGCGCAAUGGGAAGGCGUUGAGGGUCAAGUUCAGCGACAAGGGGCCGGACUUGAUCGGCGAGGGUGGUGAUGAAUCCGAAGUUCCCACUAUGGAGAUAUCCCUUCAUCGUAACAGUCGACACACUCGCGGGCCCAGCGGGGGCUCUACCGACGCGGCGCCUUCAUUACCCCAGCUUCAGUUGGACACUUCGUUUGGAGACGGUCAUCGCGGAAUCACCCGGCAAAAGACGCGGCAUCGCAAAGAUGUCAACGACGAUGCGGAUCAGGAUACCACGAAGCCCAAGCCAUUGCUCAUUCAGAAUGCCCAGGACUCGGACUUCCUGAUGUCGCUGAAUCUGGGCGACAAAGGCUCCCGGUUGUCCUUCCGAGCCUCCCCGGAAUCCAAUUCGUUUGCCCAGCGGGUGCGUGACAAAAUGCAGGCCGAAGAAGGCCGUGCUCUACAACAGCAUCGAUACGAUGGACCAACAUCGCCCAGUAAGGAGAACCCCGGACAGCGACAGGCCGCCGACGACAGACCGGAUAGUCCUAGUUCGGCCUACGAUACACCUCCGCUGUCAGAGACCGAGACAACGCCGCCGUCGAAUUCUCUGCGAAGCCCCGUGAGCGAUGUGCAGGGGAGUCAAUUCAGCGCGCUGCCGCCGGGCAUCGGCGCAGGAACGAAUGCGCAAAACCGCUCUCCUACAAAAUCACUCCCCUCCAUCCCAAGCGAUUCUCCGCUGGAUCGCCUAAGCCAACAACUCAGCACCCGGGAAAUUCUUGAGUCGUCCCCUAAGAGUAACGCGCAACCGCCCAAGAUGUCUCUGCGGGCUGUUGCCAACCAGAUUGGCGACACCGCGUUCACUGAACUGAAAGCCUACGUGGCACAGUAUGAAGAUCUCAUCUGGCGGUCUGCCGAGAGCGUCAAACCCUUGAUGGAAACGUCUCUGGCCGAGUGGAUGCGGGCAGCCGUGUGGUGGUUUUUGCGGGGGAAGAAGAGACUAGAAGUGUACGCACGCGCUUCCCGCCCGUCGAGCUCCAGCGGGAGGCCGGCUCGGCGUACCUCUCCAGACGAGGCCAGACAGGCCGUGGUGGAUCUUGGAAAAUCAUUGUGGAUUCUCGAAAACAUCGUCAGCAAACACCCGGAAACGACUCGAUACGGUGCCAUGGGCGUUGAGGCCUUGCUGGCGGUCGCGAGCACGACCGGCGACCGACUACUGGCCGAUCUUCUGGCUUUACAUCAAGCGCUCUUGAACCAUUUGCGCUCGCUGGCCAUGUCGAUCAAGCGGAACAAUAUCAUCUCUACGAUCGGCACCGAUGGGGAGGCCGCUAGCCGUGGUGACAUGAGCAUCUGGGUGCGAUACCCCUUCUUCGCGCCAGACGUCUCCGCCGUGCUCUCGGGAACCGCGAGUCGGUCCAUGUUGAUCGACCAAUCUGGAAAAUCUCCGGAUCUGGUGCAUCUGAUGCCCCUAGGCGAUACGACCCGAUUUUUCAGCUACGGGAGUAUGUUUGUCGACGUUUACGUGAGCUCGAGCGACGAUGAUGCCGACCAGCAGUUCUCCAUCCCCUGUGUUUUGUCCAUCGUCCGCGAUCGAGGUGACUGGUACGUCUUUGCUGCCAUCACCAGCCAAAGCGAGCUGGUCAACGUCAUGAUCCAGUCCGAUCGCAAAAAGGGACCCACCUGGGAAAGUGUGGAUUGGCAGGUUCGAUCGCACUCCAUGCGGGUCAAGCUGCCCCGUGGCUUUGAAUUGGACGUCAGCUUCCAGGAGGAAGAUUUCAAGACACUCUGGAACAUUGUGCAGUACACCAUGAAAACGGAGGAUAGUCUCCAGCCGGAAGCCGGGGAAUCCGUGGUCUUCGAGAGCACUUUGAAAAUGUUUCACUACAUGGAUCCGGGAUCACAGAAGGCCUUCCCCGCCGAGCCCGUGGAGCGCUGUCGCCUUCGUCUGUUCGAGCGUUCGAUAACGGUGACCGAAGGCACUGGCCAGCGAAGCAUUCACCAGGGUCACCGGAUCACCGUGCUGACCAGCCCCAAGAUCAAGACGCUUAGCAACAUCCGGCACCUCCUCGGCUUCAAAGAACCGAUCGUGUUUGGCUUGCUCCGGGGCGAAGACGGGGCCCCUGCGCUUCUGAUCAAGGUGAAGGAGGAUGGCAGGACACGCUCGAUGCUGAUGACCUUCCAAGAUGACGAAGAGCGCAGUGCGAUUCAUUCGAUUCUUCUGGGAACGAUGCCGCAGGAAACGGAGGUGAAGACAUCGGACAUCCCGAUUCGUGCCUAUUCCAUCGAACAGCCUGCCGACCGACAUACUGGCAAACCCACUAAAACGCAUCUUCAGUUCCCGGCGGGCAGUGUCUCCGUGAUUGAUCAGGAGCAUCGACUCGUUGAUCAUGGGUACGGGCCCACGAUUCUGUCGGAACACCUGCGAGCGUUCGUAGCGACGGAAUGGGGAUCUGCUACCGAUCGUCUCAACCUUGGUCCUGGCGAGCUGAAACUUGGACUUGACAUCAACAACCGAACCGGCCUCAGCCUUUUCCGCCCUGGGCAGCAGGAUCUGACCCUUUCGCUGGCGGACAACCUCACGUCCCCUGAUAUGCCCGACUCGUUAGCCAAUUUCAUGAAACUCGCCACGACCAAACCCACGGUGCGACGGUUCGACUUUGCGACAGUAAAAGAUCUUCAUGCCUUCCAAGCGGCUGUCACUGGUUUCAAGGUGCUCUUUGACAGUGUGGCCUCGUCCUUUACGAUAUCCCGGCGCCGCAUGGUGGUUCCCAUUACAAAGAAGUGGGAGGCCAACAUGGCCCGAAUCCAGAUUGUGCAGCAGGAGAAGGUCGUACAGCUGCUGGCCUACCUGAACGACUUCCACUACGGCAAGUGCAUGAACUUCGUCCUCAAGGGAACCGACAUGCUGGAGAAUUUCGGUCGGGCCGGAAAAUUCGGGGUGAAGAUCGUUGAUGCCAAAUUCGCGCUGCCGAAGAACGACAACGACCCUGCCUCUGAUUUCCUGUGUCUGGACAUGCCGGAGUAUCCAAUUGAGCAUGAUGAUAUCUCAAUUGCCUUUGAUUCCGAAGCCGGUAUGUUUUCCAGCCCCACAUACGCGUCAUGCCACUGACGAGAUAAGACCGCACCAACUUCCAGGCGGCCGCUCCAGGAUCGGUUCGUGAAGCGUCACGAAUGAGUUCCCUCCGCCGAUAGCCGGGAAGGCCCACCGUCACGUGGGCC